UCCUUUAGAUUGAUUUAUUAGUAUUUGCAGGUUUUAUAAUUCAUGCGUUGUCUUUUUAUCGUGUCUUUAAAAAAGAAAUACAUUUGUUGGGCUGAGCCUCUGGCUGAGCUUUCAAACGAUGUAAAAGAAACAUCUAUUGCGGUUUUGUUUCUACACGGACGACAAUUACAGCUACACACAGUAGAAAUUCCAUGCUGAGUUUUGAAGAGUUGAUGUGAAAGGAAGCAAUCUACUAUUUUGUAGGCAUUUUAUCAUUUAUUAUGACAACUGUCUCCAGAAAUAGACAAUCGUUUUGAAAAUUAAUAUAUUCCAUGUUUUAUAUAUAUAUAUAAAUGUAGGUUAAUUACUUAUGAUUCUAUCGAUGCUGGAGUGAGUCAGUCAGGUAGACUAUAACGUUACUUGUCUUUGAGAUCAUUUUGAGAUGAGAUAGAUAACUGACCACCUAGAGCAAAUUAAAUGGAGUCAGUUGAGUCUCACGUCAAACCAGAUGAUUCUGGCUCGAGAAUUCUUUCCCAGGAGGAGCUGGACAAGUUGAAAGACGACCGAGUAUUGGUGUCCGAAUUUAAGCAGCAGAAGCUUGAGAAAGAUGCCCAGAAGAACUGGGAUUUGUUUUACAAGCGGAAUACAACAAACUUUUUUAAGGACAGACAUUGGACGACUAGAGAAUUUGAGGAGCUGAAAGCAUGCAGAGAGUUUGUGUCCCAGAAGUUGGUGCUGCUGGAGGCUGGCUGUGGAGUGGGUAAUUGUAUUUUCCCACUUCUGGAAGAGGACCUCAAUAUCUUUGUGUAUGCCUGUGACUUCUCUCCAAGAGCUGUGGAGUUUGUGAAGCAAAAUUCUCUGUACUCUCCGGAGAGGUGUUUGGCGUUCCAGUGUGAUUUGACCAAAGAUGACCUACAGGAUAAUAUCUCUGCAGAAAGCGUGGAUGCAGCAACUCUCAUAUUUGUGCUUUCUGCUAUUCAUCCCGACAAGAUGCAGCAAGCGCUUGUGAAUUUAUACAUGGUUCUAAAACCAGGUGGAGUGGUAUUGUUUAGAGAUUAUGGCCUGUAUGACCACGCCAUGCUCCGGUUUAAAUCGGGAAACAAGCUUGGGGAGAACUUCUACGUGAGGCAGGAUGGCACACGGUCCUAUUUCUUCUCUAAAGAGAUGCUGACCAAACUAUUCCAUGACGCUGGAUUUGAGACUGUGGUGAAUGAAUAUGUUCUGCGAGAGACCGUGAACAAGAAAGAGGGUUUAUGUGUGCCUCGCGUCUUCCUUCAGAGCAAAUUUAGACGCCCAGUGACCUUGAACAACCAAGUAUAAUAAUGUGGCAAAUUGAACCAAGGAUGUUGCAUAUUAUUGUCAAUUUAAAGAAUAGUAUAAAAUAUUAUUUCUUAUACAGUGAACACAUUUUUUGAUAGAAAUACAGCCAUGAACAUUUGUACAUACCAUGAUUUGAGGAAUUUUAUCCAUAUUGGUUUUUUUUCUUCGUAGUAUUAAUAAAAGUAUGAAUACAUUUUUCCUA